AUGAACGGUGACACGGGGAUGAGGGACAUCAAGAACCAUCUUCUGUUUGAGGUUGCAACUGAGGUCGCUAAUCGAAUCGGCGGGAUCUAUUCAGUCCUCAAGUCCAAAGCUCCAGUCACGACAGCGGAAUAUGGCGAAAGGUAUACGCUCAUCGGGCCUCUUAACAAGAAUUCGGCUGCUGUCGAAGUCGAAGCCCUCGAACCACCCGCUGGUCCUCUUCGAGACACCAUCUCAUCCAUGGAAGAACGUGGUAUCGAGCUCAUGUACGGUCGAUGGCUGAUUGAAGGUGCCCCAAGAGUCCUCCUGGUCAAUACUGGCACGGGUUACCGCUGGCUUGAUGAGUGGAAAGGUGAUCUAUGGGCUACAGCUGGAAUUCCGUCGCCUGCCGGAGAUCACGAGACGAAUGAAGCGAUUGUGUUUGGAUACCUAGUGGCAUGGUUUUUGGGUGAAUUCAUUUCUCGUGAAACGAAUCGAGCGGUCAUUGCCCAUUUCCACGAAUGGCUCUCCGGGGUUGCUCUCCCUUUGACCAAGAAGCGACAGAUCGACCUGACCACGAUCUUCACGACGCAUGCGACCCUUCUAGGUCGCUACCUAUGUGCCGGCUCCGUCGACUUCUACAACAACCUACAAUACUUUGACGUGGAUGCAGAAGCCGGAAAACGAGGAAUCUACCACCGAUACUGUAUUGAGAGAGCGUCGGCCCAUUCUGCCGAUGUUUUCACCACGGUGUCUCACAUUACUGCUUUCGAAAGCGAACAUCUCCUGAAACGGAAGCCCGACGGUGUCUUACCCAACGGUCUGAACGUCAAAAAGUUUUCGGCGGUUCACGAAUUCCAAAAUCUCCAUUCCGUGCAGAAGGAAAAGAUCCAUGAAUUUGUACGGGGACAUUUCUACGGUCAUUUGGACUUUGAUUUGGACAACACGCUGUACUAUUUCACCGCGGGAAGAUACGAAUACCGAAAUAAGGGUGUGGACAUGUUCAUUGAAUCGUUGGCCCGGUUAAAUCACCGACUGAAAGUAUCGGGAACCAAGACGACCAUUGUCGCGUUCAUGAUCAUGCCGGCCCAAACGACUUCCCUUUCCGUGGACUCUCUCAAAGGCCAUGCCGUGACCAAAGCGUUGGCCGAUACCGUGUCCAACAUCGAACGAGGCAUUGGUCGAAGAUUAUUCGAAAGAUCUGUUCACUGGAAAGAAGGCGACCCGAUGCCAGAUGAAAAGGAGCUUAUCACACCUGCCGAUCGAGUCAUGCUCCGACGUCGACUCUUCGCCAUGAAACGGCAUCAUCUACCACCUAUCGUCACGCACAACAUGGUGAAUGACCCCGAGGAUCCGGUUCUCAACCAAUUGCGUCGAGUUCAACUGUUCAAUCAUUCCUCCGAUCGGGUCAAGGUCAUCUUCCACCCGGAAUUCUUGAACUCGGCCAAUCCGGUCCUGUCUUUGGAUUAUGAUGAUUUCGUUAGAGGCACUCACCUCGGGGUCUUCGCGUCUUAUUACGAACCCUGGGGCUACACUCCAGCCGAAUGCACCGUCAUGGGUGUCCCAUCCAUCACCACCAAUCUGUCCGGGUUCGGCUGCUAUAUGGAAGAACUCAUUGAGAACUCUUCGGACUACGGGAUCUACAUUGUGGAUCGACGGACCAAAGGUGUGGAUGAUUCGGUUAACCAAUUGACGGACUACAUGUUUGAAUUCGCCAACAAGAGUCGGCGACAACGCAUUAACCAACGUAAUCGCACAGAACGUCUCAGUGAUCUUCUGGACUGGAAGCGAAUGGGAAUGGAGUAUGUCAAAGCUCGACAACUUGCGCUGAGACGAGCGUAUCCAGCGUCAUUUACGGAUGCGGACGAAUUCGACGAUAUCAUUGGAGGUACGGAGGUGAAGAUCUCCAGGCCGCUAUCCGUUCCUGGGUCCCCCCGAGAUCGAUCUGGUAUGAUGACGCCGGGCGAUUUUGCUUCAUUGCAAGAGGGUAAGGAGGGUCUCAGCACGGAGGACUACAUUGCCUGGAGACUUCCGGAGGAAGAAGAGCCAGACGACUAUCCGUUCCCCCUCACUCUGAAGAUGAAGAAGAGCUCCGGUCCCCACUCCCCAGUACCGCUUGUUGGAGGAGUUAACGGUUCGUGA